ACGCUGGCGCACCUGCUGCCCGCCCCGGCCAUGUACAGCAUGCUGGAGGGCGAGCUCAAGAGCCCCCAGCCCGCCCCGGGCGGCACGGGGGGCCCGGCGGGGGCUGCGGGCAAAGGCGGUGGCGGCGGCGGGGGAGCGAGCGGCGGGGCGGCGGACCAGGACCGCGUGAAGCGGCCCAUGAACGCCUUCAUGGUGUGGUCGCGGGGCCAGCGGCGGAAGAUGGCCCAGGAGAACCCCAAGAUGCACAACUCGGAGAUCAGCAAGCGCCUCGGGGCCGACUGGAAGCUGCUGAGCGACGCCGAGAAGCGGCCCUUCAUCGACGAGGCCAAGCGGCUGCGGGCCGUGCACAUGAAGGAGUAUCCGGAUUACAAAUACCGGCCCCGCCGGAAGACCAAGACCCUGCUCAAGAAGGACAAGUACUCGCUGCCCGGCAACCUGCUGGCCCCCGGCGGGGCCAGCGCCGUCCCCAGCCCCGUCGGGGUGGGCCAGCGCCUGGACACCUACGCCCACAUGAACGGCUGGAGCAACGGGGCGUACUCGCUGAUGCCGGAGCAGCUGGGCUACGGGCAGCACCCGGCCAUGAACAGCCCCCAGCUGCCGCAGAUGCACCGCUACGACAUGAGCGGCCUGCAGUACAGCCCCAUGAUGUCCACGGCCCAGUCCUACAUGAACGCGGCCUCCUCCUACAGCAUGUCCCCAGCCGCCUACGGCCAGCAGCCCGGCACGGCCAUGAGCCUGGCCUCCAUGGGCUCGGUGGUGAAAUCCGAGCCCAGCUCGCCGCCGCCCGCCAUCACCUCCCACUCCCAGCGGGCCUGCCUGGGGGACCUGCGGGAUAUGAUCAGCAUGUAUCUCCCGCCCGGGGGGGACGCCACAGACCCUGCCAGCCUGCAGGGCACUCGGUUGCACAGUGUCCACCAGCACUACCAGAGUGCCGGGACGGGGGUCAAUGGCACUGUACCGCUGACUCACAUCUGAGACUGCGCUGCCCUCAGCGCAGCUCAACCCCGCUCCUGGGAAAGCUGGUUGCUCGCUUGAGCGGACUCGGACUCGAUGCAACUCCCCGGGAAGACUUUUUAAAAGGAAGGUUCGAUGUCGCGUGUGUUUUUUGUACAAAAAAAUAGGAGGUGUGUGGACUGGUUUUCUCUAGAGCACAAAUGUCUCCUGGGAACACCUGGGAAGUUUUAAAACCGCAGCCGCUUCUUUCCUGGUUUCUGAUAGGUUGACUCUAUUUUAUUAUUUUUUUAAAAAUUGCAAACCCCGUUUUAAAGGUCUUGUCUAUUUCAGUUUGAGUGUAGCUGUGGAAUGGACACGUGGCGGGCUUUCUUCAAGCUCAGAUGUUUACAUUUCUGUUUGUCGCCUUUUUAAAAAAAAAAAAGUGGCCCUCUCCCUACUGUGUCCUGGUGGAGGUUUUAUCUGAAUCUGUGUCGCUUCCACGACCUCUCCACGAGAGAGAGAGAAGUGGGGCGGGAGGAGAGAGGGGAAAGCUGUGCGGGUCGCAAAUGCAAGGUCUUUUUUAACUUAUAGUAAGUUGUGUGUUUUGGGUUUUUUUCCUCAAGCUUGUAAACUUCUGUAACUCGGUUUGUGAAUUUGACUGUGACACCCCUUUUGCCAUACCCCACCAGGCAACAAACGCUUUAGUUUUUGUGUCUCCAGUUUCUUAAGACUUUAUCCUGUGAAACACUCCCC